AGUUGUUGUUCGAUAAAUCAAGGACUUGUAGAGAGCUUAGCUGACAAAUUGAUCGCGGGAUCUUUCCCGUGAAGUUGUUUUGGGAGACGAGCAGGGCUUCCAUAUAGACUGGUCGGAUAACUAACGGUCCUUGGAACGCAUUUAAACUCAAAUCUAACAAAAUAAUCUUCGGUCUUGGGAAAUCAUUUGAGAAUCUUUCGAGACCAGUAAAAGAGUUGGUGGAAAGAUUAAGUAUCAUCAACUGUGGUAGUUUCCAUACCCAUUGCGGCACUUGACCUUUGAUUUUGUUGUUGGAGAGGUCUAAGUCAGAAAUAUGUUGUAGGUUUCUUACGAACUCUGGAAACUCUGUGAUACCACAGCCUGACAAGAGCAACUGGUUCAUGCGUGAUGGUAGCUUGGAAACUGAACCCAUCUUUGUUGUUGAGACGUGCACCCCGGAUAGAUGCAAUGAAGAUAGGAGACUAAGAUGUGAGAAUAUGAUACUUAAAUCAACAGUAUUGGUGGUGUUCAAAUAGCUUAGGUCCAGAUCUAUGAGCCCCUUGAGUUGCAAGAAGAUACUAAAGUCGACUGUCAUCCCCGCGUUAAAAUGGGAAAGAUCAAGCUGGUAGAGAUUGACUAAUCUUGAAAUGGAUUUUGGGAUUGACCCUCUGAAAUGGUUAUGGCUGAGUGAUAACCUUUCUAGUUUAGACGGUGAAGAGCUAUUCCCAAAUUCAAGAAUAUCGUUGAGUUGAUUAUUUUUCAAAACAAUAGAAGUCAAAGAAGGAAUGUUGAAGAGAGAAGAUGGAAGAGUUCCAUUGAAAGUGUUGUCACUCGCAUCAAAAGUCUCCAAGUUAGAGAGUAAACUCAUAUUUGGAGGGAGUGAACCUUUGAAAUGAUUGUCAGCGAGUGAUAAAUCUGUCAACUUUGUAAGAUUGAGUAGUGAAAGAGGAAAGUUACCACUAAGCAUAUUAGAACCAACGCGUAAAGUGGUUAGUUGCUCAAGAUUGACAAACGAAGACGGAAUUUGGCCAUCAAAUCUAUUUGAAGAAAGGUCAAGGUAGGUGAGAUUGAAAAGGUUUCCAAAGGAAGAAGGGAUCGGACCACUAAAAUAAUUAUCUGAAAGGUCGAGAACGGAUAGAUUAGUAAGAUUUCCAAAUGAAGAUGGAAUCUUUCCAUGGAAUUUGCAAAACUGAAGUUUCAAAGUGUUCAAAUGCUUGAGGUUUUCGAUAGAGUAAGGUAUGUUACCUAAAAGUUUUAUCCAAGAAAGAUCCAACGAAACAAGAGAGUUCUUUACAUUAAACUCUGGAAGAGUACCUUCCAUAUCUUGAUUUCCGUUCAAGUUAAUGGAUUGUAUAGUAGGAAUCAAAAAAAGACUGCUUGGAAAUUCACCAAUCAAGUUGCAAUCAUCAAGAGAGAGUGAUUUGAGAGAUGAUAGGUUUGAGAUAUUUUGAGGAAUUUCGGAAGAAAUGUUAACAAGACCUAGGUAAAGUUCCUCUAGGUUUGUCAAAUUUUGGACGAGUUUGCUAAGAAAUGACUUUUCAGCUGAUAAAGAAUUAGAAUAAAGAUCGAGAGACACUAACUUGGUUAGAUGAAGAAGCUCUGUUGGAAUUAUACCCGAGAACCAAGAAUCGGAAAGAUUGAGUCUUGUUAACUCCAUGAGUUUAUUGAAUUGAGUUGGUAUCAUAGAAGACUCGAAAUCGUUGUUAGCAAGAUUGAGGACACGAAGCUUUUGUAGCUUAAAAAGACUACUAUUGGCAUUGAGUAUUCCGUGGAAGCAGCUACAACUAAGGUCUAGCUCGAUCACUUCGCCGGACUUGGCAUUGCACGUGAUACCGUCCCAUGAACAACAAUCACUACUCUUUGCCCACGAUUUCGUUUUUGGGUAAGAAAUACUAGAAAAAUAAUCAGUAUCAAGAUUCCGAAUCGUAAACUCGCUUUCGAAGUCAAGAAGGGCAUCCCUUUGGUCGGGGCGGCAUAAGUGCCGUGUAGGAGAAG